GUCGCUACAGUCGGGCGGAAGAUGACGUGAGAAGAGUCGCGAACAUCUCGGCGCGUUGCUCGGCCCGGGUUCCCACAGUCUGGAACCCGACGUGCGCAGAAGCGCCUCUCGGAGGUCCUCUCCCCCCGAUCUCAUCCUCACCCGGGCCGGGCCGCCCCCCGCGCGGCCCCUGCGGCUCCUGGCACGGCCCCGCGCUCGGCUGCCGCCCUGGCGCGCGCCACCCUGUCGUCCCCGGACGGGCGCGGACCGGCUCGGCCCGGGCGCCGGCGGCUGGGGAGGGGGCGCUGGCCCCGAGGCCGCGCAUGCGCCGCCACCAGCCUGGGGCUGUCGGUGGAGGGUGAUUGCUGGCUCCGAGGGGAGGCGACGCCCUUUGGGGCCAACGGGCCGCACGCUGAGGCGGCCGUGGGAACGACUCAUCCCUUUUCCAACUCUGGGGUGGGGCUGGGGUCGGGGUCGGGGCUGGUGGGGGCCCCGCCCCCGUCUCCCGGCCUGCCCCCUUCCUGGGCCGCGAUGAUGGCGGCCCUGUACCCGAGCACUGACCUCUCGGGCGCCUCCUCCUCCUCCCUGCCUUCCUCCCCAUCCUCCUCUUCGUCGCCGAACGAGGUGAUGGCGCUGAAGGAUGUGCGGGAGGUGAAGGAGGAGAACACCCUGAAUGAGAAGCUUUUCUUGCUGGCGUGCGACAAGGGUGACUAUUAUAUGGUUAAAAAGAUUUUGGAGGAAAACAGUUCAGGUGACUUGAACAUAAAUUGCGUAGAUGUGCUUGGGAGAAAUGCUGUUACCAUAACUAUUGAAAACGAAAACUUGGAUAUACUGCAGCUUCUUUUGGACUACGGUUGUCAGUCCGCAGAUGCACUUUUGGUGGCAAUCGACUCUGAAGUAGUGGGAGCUGUUGAUAUACUACUUAAUCAUCGACCAAAACGAUCAUCAAGACCAACUAUAGUAAAACUAAUGGAACGCAUUCAAAAUCCUGAGUAUUCUACAACUAUGGAUGUUGCACCUGUCAUUUUAGCUGCUCAUCGUAACAACUAUGAAAUUCUUACAAUGCUAUUAAAACAGGAUGUAUCUCUGCCCAAACCUCAUGCAGUUGGCUGUGAAUGCACAUUGUGUUCUGCAAAAAACAAAAAGGACAGCCUCCGACAUUCCAGGUUUCGUCUUGAUAUAUAUCGAUGUUUGGCCAGUCCAGCUCUAAUAAUGUUAACAGAGGAAGAUCCAAUUCUGAGAGCAUUUGAACUUAGUGCUGAUUUAAAGGAACUAAGCCUUGUGGAGGUGGAAUUCAGGAAUGAUUAUGAGGAACUGGCUCGGCAAUGUAAAAUGUUUGCUAAAGAUUUGCUUGCACAAGCACGGAAUUCACGUGAAUUGGAAGUUAUCCUAAAUCAUACAUCUAGUGAUGAACCUCUUGACAAACGGGGAUUACUGGAAGAAAGAAUGAAUUUGAGUCGCCUAAAACUUGCUAUCAAAUAUAACCAAAAGGAGUUUGUCUCCCAGUCUAACUGCCAGCAGUUCCUGAACACUGUUUGGUUUGGACAGAUGUCAGGUUACCGACGUAAGCCCACCUGUAAGAAGAUAAUGACUGUUUUGACAGUCGGCAUCUUUUGGCCAGUUUUGUCACUUUGUUAUUUGAUAGCUCCCAAAUCUCAAUUUGGCAGAAUCAUUCACACACCCUUUAUGAAAUUUAUUAUUCAUGGAGCAUCUUAUUUCACAUUCCUGCUGUUACUAAAUCUAUAUUCUCUGGUCUACAAUGAGGAUAAGAAAAACACAAUGGGGCCAGCCCUUGAAAGAAUUGAUUAUCUUCUUAUUCUGUGGAUUAUUGGAAUGAUUUGGUCAGACAUUAAAAGACUUUGGUAUGAAGGGUUGGAAGACUUUUUAGAAGAAUCUCGUAAUCAACUCAGUUUUGUCAUGAAUUCACUUUAUUUAGCAACUUUUGCCCUCAAAGUGGUUGCACACAACAAGUUUCAUGAUUUUGCUGAUCGAAAAGACUGGGAUGCAUUCCAUCCUACACUGGUGGCAGAAGGGCUGUUUGCAUUUGCAAAUGUUCUGAGUUAUCUUCGUCUCUUUUUUAUGUAUACAACAAGUUCUAUCUUGGGUCCAUUACAGAUUUCAAUGGGACAGAUGUUACAGGAUUUUGGAAAAUUUCUUGGGAUGUUCCUUCUCGUUUUGUUUUCUUUCACAAUUGGACUGACACAACUGUAUGAUAAAGGCUAUACUCCAAAAGAACAGAAGGACUGUGUAGGCAUCUUCUGUGAACAGCAAAGCAAUGACACGUUCCACUCGUUCAUUGGUACUUGCUUUGCUUUGUUCUGGUAUAUUUUCUCCUUAGCACAUGUGGCAAUCUUUGUCACAAGAUUUAGCUAUGGAGAAGAACUUCAGUCCUUUGUUGGAGCCGUUAUUGUUGGUACAUACAAUGUCGUGGUUGUGAUAGUGCUCACCAAGCUGCUGGUGGCAAUGCUUCAUAAAAGCUUUCAGUUGAUAGCAAAUCAUGAAGACAAAGAGUGGAAGUUUGCCCGAGCAAAGUUGUGGCUUAGUUAUUUUGAUGACAAAUGUACGUUGCCCCCACCUUUCAACAUCGUUCCUUCACCAAAGACUAUCUGCUAUAUGAUUAGUAGCCUCAGCAAAUGGAUUUGCUCUCAUACAUCAAAAGGCAAGGUUAAACGGCAAAACAGUUUAAAGGAAUGGAGAAAUUUAAAACAAAAGAGAGAUGAAAACUACCAAAAAGUGAUGUGCUGCUUAGUGCAUCGAUACUUAACUUCUAUGAGACAGAAGAUGCAAAGUACCGAUCAGGCAACUGUGGAAAAUUUAAAUGAAUUGCGCCAAGAUUUGUCAAAAUUCCGAAAUGAAAUAAGGGAUUUACUUGGCUUUCGGACUUCAAAAUAUGCUAUGUUUUAUCCAAGAAAUUAGCCAUUUUCUAAGUUAUGUAGAGAGUCAUUUUCAAUAAUUAAUCUGAAUGACUGCAUUUGCACAACUUGCAAUUAAAUGAUAAGAUAUAUAUUGAAAUCAAUAAUUAUAUAAAAGCCAUUCUUUAAAAUAUUUAUAGCAUAAUAUAUAUGUUAUGUAAAAUAUGUAUAUAGAACUAGUUUUUUAUAACUCCUUGUUAGUGGCUUUUUGCAGGAGCAAAACAUUAAGUAAAUAGAUUUUGUUAGCAUGCUGCUUGGUUUUCUUAUUUGAACAAUAAUUAAAAUUUUUUUCAUUUUAUGUUUAAGAAGGGCAGUUAUAGUUGUACAUAUUGCCAGAAGAUAUGUACUUAUUAUUGUAUAAUAGAAGUCAGUAAAUGUGGGCUGAUCUCUUUCCAUAGGAUAUGCUUGAAAUAUAAAAAUUAUGGUUUUUUAAAUCUUUGUUUUGGGAGUUCAUAUAUAGUUUAGUAUUUAUUGUUUAGGAAUAUAGUUUUAUCUAAGAUAAUAGUCUAUUUUUUCUUUUUUUAUUUUGUUAUAAUCUUAAACAACAAAGAAAACACCCUAAUGAAUAUUUGAAUUUAUGUCUCUAUAAAUUUAAAUUCACUUCAGUUUUUGUUAUUGUAAUAUAUUUACUUUUCCAUGGUUGUAAUCACUUUAUAUUUUUAAUUUUGCUUUUUUCACAUAAUGGUAUUUUAUAUAUACAUUUCCAUGUAUUGAUAUAGUCCUUGUAUUUAAAUUUUUAUAGACUUACAUUGUUUUGGGGAAAUAUAGUUUGUAGCUAUAGCAUAUUAGAUUGUAAGUUUGCACAGCUACUUCUCUAAGAUUUGACAUUUGAUGGCUUUUAAUUUUUCCUUAACAUAAUACACUGAUGUUCAUAGUUCUAAAGCUAACUCAAAAUAAGAAUUUAGAAGACAUUUAAUGAACAUGUGCGGUCACAGCCUGUUUUGUUUUUGUAAACAUCAGAAGACCCGCUAAUGCAAAGAUUUGUUUUAUAUUUGGACUAAGGUUCUAGAAAUUACCUCCAAAAAUAUUUUCUACAGAAAAUAUGAAAGUGACUUCAUGCUUAUUUGUGGAACAUUCCUGCUGCUUAAGAUGAAAAAUGCUGAUUUUUUUUUAAUUGGAAAAUAAAAUAUGUAUUUAAAUUUUUUGCUUUGUUCAUGUAAGGGAUGUCGUUAAAUUUUUUCCCCACAGACUAUCACUUACAUAUUUUCACAGCAUUUCCAGCUAAGAGGUCACUAGACAUGUAAUUAUCUUCUUAACUGAAUGUCGGAUGGUCUUACUGCCAUAGGGUGCAGGUAGCCCUGGGUGUGUAAGUACCACCAAUCCAGGGAUCAUUGUCUAAAUGUGUUAGUAUUGUGUUUCAUCUUGCUUUUUACUUUUUAUUUUUUAAUUUCCAAAUUGUAAGUGUUCCCUCUUUUGGACAAAUUCUUAUAAAAAUGUUUAUUGUAAAAGUUAUAUAUUUUGUCUACAAUGAGAUUAUGCAUUUCCCAGUUGGGAUUUUACAUCAGGAUUUUUAGUCAUUCUAAAAAAAUACCUAAUUAUUAAAUCAAAAUGUUUGUAGAGUAUCUACUGUAUGCAUGAGUUACUUAUAAGGUAUAUUUUGAAUGACAGCAUAUUGUAAGAAAAAAGGUGAAUAAAACUUGAUAUUAUAUUAUGAAU